AUGUCGACGGCCACUUCAAUCAUCAGCUCUGGCUCAGACAGACUAGAUAUUUGGAGCCGACGAUCACAACCUAAAAUCGAGAUAUAUCUUGCAAAUCAAAAGCCAGGGCACGUCAACUCUUACACCACUGGAGAGAGCAUUGAUGGCACUAUAACCAUCACUGUUGAUCAUGAGACUCGUUUUGAUGAGAUUGAGAUCGUGUUCGAAGGUACUUUUAUUGAAACCCGGUCUAUGAACAACGCUAAUUUCAGGAAAGGCAUAUCUCGAACUACGGUAGAACGGGCCUCAUGCCCCGGCCGUACGGGAUCACAACAAAUGUUUCUCAAGUUGCGCCAACCUAUUGACGAGAUGGAAUAUCCGACUCCCCGGGUACUAGAGGCUGGCCGAUCAUAUGAAUACGCCUUCACAUUCGUCGUCCCAGACCGUCUGCUACCCCAGGUCUGCACUCACACUAAGAAUAAUGCUCACAUUCAACGAUCCCACACUAUGCUUCCUCCAACAUUGGGUGAUCCCAUCCUCGCCAGCAACGGCAAGACACUACUAGAUGAUAUGGCACCCAAUAUGUCCCAGAUUGCCUACACAGUUCGAGCUUCUGUUCUUCAAAAACGACUCACCGGCAACGAAUUCGUGGCUAUCGUCGCUAUUGCCAAGAAAAUCCGUAUCAUCCCAACCGUCGAAGAAGAGCCUCCUAUUGAUAUUUCUGGGAGUCCAUCUCUCUGCACGCGCAAAGAGAAGACUGUCAAGCGUGGAACUCUCCGAGCUAAAUUGGGACGGAUUGUCGCUUCGUCUUCUCAGCCUAGACCCGUUCAAUUGCUUCCUCCCAACGGGGAGCCAACUGAUACCGUGAGCACUGUGGCUACCGUAAACCUAAGAUUCGAUCCAGUCGGCGAUGAGCAGCCUCCCCCACUCGGAACAAUGACCAGCAAACUCCGUGUCAGCACCUUCUUCAGUUCAGUCCCAUACGAUGACUUCCCUACCACGACUGGCAUGCCCUACGCCCAGAUUGGAUGUGGGCUCUACGCAGAAAGCGUCCCUCUAUUGACCAUGUGUGUCGCAUCUGCCCAGUGGACAAAGCAAUCCUCGGCCGCUGACUCGAUGCGCCGCGACUCUACCGACUCCUCAUCAUCCGAUUCGUCAACCGGGCCCUCCUCCGCAUUCACUGGAGACACCUACUACACCGCAUCAGUCGUCGUCCCAGUCACCCUGCCCAAGUCAAAAGCCUUCGUCCCGACUUUCCACUCCUGUCUGAUGUCUCGCGUCUACGCUCUCGAUCUUUCCUUGACAUACCACACCCCCGCAACCAAUAUCAUGACGCCCACAGUCUCCCUUCGCGUUCCCGUUCAGUUCACGAGCCAGGCAAAGAGCGCUGAAUCCCUCAAGGCUACACUCGGUGUCACUGUCACACAGCAAGAGCUAGAGGAGUUCUUCCAACCACGAAAUGUCACUUCUCCUACCGAAUUUUCUAACCAAAAUCUCAAUGCGGUUGUUGACGUGGGCCUCGCCCCACCGGAGUACUCGGAAAGGUUGAGUACGCCGAGAGCCAGCCACUAA